CGCCGUGCUGGCGCUGGCCGGGGAGCUGACCACGUUCCUGCAGAGGCGCUGCGACCCGCGGGGCGGAUGCGAAAUAGGCCUGUACUGCUAUCCGGGAAUCAACCUGCCCUCCUGGAUCUUGGGAAUCCUUCAAGUUCCCGCUGCCUAUUCACCUAUUGAUCCAGAUGCACCACCAACCAUAUCUACUUCCUUCAUGAAGAAAAGCAACCUGCAGUAUGUUCUUGUUGAGAAUGACAAGAUAAAUAAAUUCCAGAUGUCCCAUGCUGGCUGGUUUUCCCACAAUUCCUCUGCCAUAGAACAUAUUGGUUUAACUCUCUUCCAAAUGAGCUCAAGCAACACUGAUUUCAGUUCAGAAGUAGACAAUAUGAAAAGUAGAUGUGAACCUUCCAAAGCUGUGGGUGACUCACAGCCAGGAGUUUGCCCAGACCAAACCAAAGUUGAAACAUCAGAAGCAGGAUACAUGGACGCUGGCCAGAAAGACACUGUGGCAUAUGUCUUGCAUACAUCAGGAACUACAGGGAUCCCCAAAAUAGUCAGAGUGCCUCAUAAAUGUAUAGUGCCUAAUAUUCAGCAUCUUAAAUCCAUAUUUGAGAUCACACAGGAUGAUGUGCUGUUCCUGGCAUCUCCCCUCACAUUUGACCCGUCUGUGGUUGAACUGUUCAUGGCUCUGACAAGUGGAGCCUCUAUUCUUAUUGUACCAAACACCAUUAAAAUGAUGCCUGUGGAGCUCUCUGCUGCUCUCUUUCACCACCACCACGUGACAGUGUUGCAGGCAACACCAACACUUCUCAGGAGGUUUGGAGCCCACAUUAUUAAAUCAAGAGUGUUGUCUGCAAAUACUUCACUUCGUGUCUUAGCCCUUGGUGGUGAAACAUUUCCUGCACUGAGUCUCUUGAAAAGUUGGAAGCACAAGGAGAACAAAACAAGCAUUUUUAAUCUCUAUGGUAUUACUGAAGUGUCAAGCUGGGCCACUUGCUACAAGAUUCCUGAGGAGGUUUUUAGUGCUGAUGUUAGAACAGAUUUUCCUGUACAUUUGGGAUCACCACUCCUUGGAACAAAACUUGAGGUCAGAGAUGCCAAUGGAUCUGCAGUUCUUGAAGGCGAGGGACAAUUAUUUAUAGGUGGUGAAGAACGAGUCUGCUUUCUUGAUGAUGAAGUAACUGUGCCACUGGGUACAAUGAGAGAAACAGGGGAUUUUGUAAGAGUGGAGAAUGCAAAGUUGUUCUUCUUGGGUCGGAAGGACAAUCAGAUUAAACGCCAUGGCAAACGUUUUAAUAUUGAAUAUCUGCAGCAGGUUGCUGAAGAUCUUUGCCAGGUAGAAGCUUGUGCAGUUACCUGGUACCAACAGGAAAAACUUAUCCUGUUUGUUUUACCCAAAGAUGAUUUUGAAGAGAGAGAAACAUUUAAAGAACUCCAGAAGCAUCUACCAGCUUAUGCAGUGCCUGAUGAGAUUGUAGUGAUUAAAGCUUUGCCUUUAACAUCACAUGGCAAAGUUGAUAUAUCUGAACUGAACAAGAUUUACCAGAACCAUCUAAACUCCAGAAGGCGUGACAGUAAGCUGAGUGACGCAGAGGAAUUGUGGGAAAGAUUGCAGUAUUUAUGGAAGUCUGUCCUUGGACUUCCAUGUGAUUCCACUGGAAUUUCUAAAGAUGCAGUAUUUCUGUACAGUGGUGGAGACUCCCUAAAGGCACUACGAUUUCAUGAAGAAAUUGAGAUGUUAGUAGGCAAAGCUGUGCCAGAACUCCUUGAAGUUAUUCUCAGCCACUCAAUUGAAGAGGUUUACAGACAUAUUCUUAAAAUGCUGUUUCCAGAUGAAGAACAAUUAAUGAAUCCUGAAAAUGUUGUGAAAAGAAAAUUAAGAAGGAACAGUGGAGAGGAAUUCCAUGGAAAAUACAUUAAACUGACAUCUGAAAGAGGUCUUGAGAUUGCUUCAGGAUUAAUUCCAUUUAUUGCACUGAACAGAGGAAAUCAUCUUUUCUCUAUGAAUUUCACCAAGUCUUCUGUGCAGCCCAAAAAUACAGUACAGGUAGGAGUGGAACCACUACAGCAGCCCUCCUCUCCACAUUCCAAGAUUCCAGCUGUAAUGAAAAGCCAUGUGCAAGGGUCUGAACUGGAGAAUAGCAUUUUAACACUUGAAAACAAGGCAAAUAAAAAUGACCAUUCCUCUGUGCAACGAAUCCAUGCAGAAUGUAGUCAUUCUUCAGUGGCAGAGCUGGCAUUGUGCGUGAGGUGGAAGUCAAACACAAGGAAAUGUGUUGAUGCAUCACCACUGGUUAUAAUACCAGCUAAAGAAGGAGUAUCUGCAUCUGUGUAUAUUGGCUCUCACUCCCAUGCAAUGCAGGCAAUUGAUCUAGAUUUGGGAGAAAUAAAAUGGGAGAAGACCCUUGGAGAUCGUAUUGAGUCUUCUGCCUGUGUAUCCAAGUGUGGAAAUUUCAUUGUUGUUGGUUGUUAUGAUGGCUUGGUGUAUGUGCUUCAAAGCAGUGAUGGAGAAAUACACUGGACUUUUGUCACAGAAGACACUGUGAAAAGCUCUGCAGUUGUAGACCCUUCCAGUGGACUGGUCUACAUUGGAUCUCAUGACCAGCAUGUGUAUGCUUUGGAUAUUUAUAAAAAGGUGUGUGUAUGGAAGUUACACUGCGAAGGUGGAGCUGUGUUUUCAUCUCCUUGUCUAAGUUCUUUUCCACACCAUCUCUAUGUUGCUACACUAGGAGGACUAUUACUGGCUGUUAACCCUGUGACAGGGAAUAAGAUUUGGAAAAGCAGCCUUGGAAAACCACUCUUCUCCUCUCCUCACUGCAAUGAGAAUUACAUCUGUAUUGGGUGUGUGGAUGGAAACUUGUAUUGUUACACUCAUUCUGGAGAAAAGGUUUGGCAAUUUUCCACUAAUGGGCCAGUGUUUUCAUCUCCAUGCCUCUCAAGUUUAACUAAGCAAGAAAUAUUUUUUGGCUCUCACGACUGCUUUAUCUACUGCUGUAACAUGGAGGGUAAUUUACUGUGGAAAUUUGAAGCCACUUCAAGUGUAUAUGGAACACCAUUCAUUUUCCAAAGUGAUGACUUAAAUAACAAAAUUCUCCUGGCAGCAGUAUCUACAGAUGGCAGAGUGUGGAUCCUGAAUGCCAAGAGUGGAACAGCAGAAGGAGUAGAUAAGCUUCCAGGCGAGGUUUUCUCUUCACCCGUAGUAUGGGGAACAAAGCUUGUUGUUGGCUGUAGAAAUGAUUAUGUUUAUUGUCUGGAUCUGUAUACAGCAGCGAAAAGUAACAGCUAAGAUGUUAGGCUGCUUUCUUAUUAUUGUUUACAUUUGUAAACUGGGAGCUCACAGGUGCUCUCCACCCCUCUGCCUGUUUUGCUGCAGGCAAGUGAUGUUCCUUGCAGGCUUAUCACGUGGGAUUUUGCGUCAGGCAGUGUCCAGUGAUGGAGGGAGGAUGGCUGCUCAGCACCUUGCCAGAGAGGGGACAAAGUGUCUAAGGUGCCAGAUUCCACAGCUUGGAUAGCAGGCUUCUCUCUGAGGGAGGAGUGAAUUGCUUUCUCUGAGUCCCGCCUUGCCUGUGCCUGGCUCUUCCUUGCACCAGACUAGUGUUUGUCUGUCUGUCUGUCAAGAUUUCUGUGCCAGGCAAGCUAACACCAGUCCUUUUUUGAAUAUAACUUUUAAUCUGAUUUCUGGAGACAUAGCCUGAAUUUCAUAUACCUGGAAGGAGUGACCUGUUUACUACAGUUUUUACAAACAGAAUAGUUCAUCUUUUGUGGACAUAGCCCUGUCAUGGCUUAAUUAUUCUAGCUAUACUUAAACUCCAUUGAAGUCAGUAGGAGUUGCCUCUUGUAUUCUAAAGUGGAAAUAACACUAUAAAUAUUUAUUAAAUUUCAAUGACAGAAACAGUAGGAGUUCUAAGAUGAAGUGUGCACUGCUCAAAUUAACCACUGUCAAACAUUUUUUAAAAUAUUUGAAUGAAUACUGUUUACAUUAUUUUCACAAGAACUAUUAAUAAAAGGUUGUGUAAAUUG